UGAAUAUUACCGAAUAAUAACACCAUAACAACACCCAAUACUCAAAUAUAUCUAUCAACUCACUCAACAAGUCUUUUCAUUUUAACACUACCAACCAAAGCUUAACUCUUCAUAAUAACCUAAACACAAAACAAUUACCAUUAUAAUUAAUAAUUAAACACUUAAACCAUUCAUUGGUUCAUUCAGAUUCAACAAAAUGGCAAAGAGAAACACAUUCGACUUAGUUUCAGACGAUUCAGAUCACCGAUUCAUUCAGAUCGCCGGUAACUGCUUCAGAGACACUAAAAGUUCCAUAUACAAACGCAUCAUGAAAGAAUGGAAAAUUCUUGAAAAGAAUCUUCCAGAUUCCAUCUACGUUCAUGCUUACGAACGCCGCAUCGAUUUACUCCGCGCCGUCAUUAUCGGCGCCGCCGGUACACCUUACCACGACGGUCUUUUCUUCUUCGACAUUCAAUUUCCAUCCGAUUACCCAAACAACCCGCCGAAGAUCCAUUAUCACUCAUUCGGGUUUCGUUUAAACCCGAAUCUUUACACAAACGGCGUCGUUUGUUUAAGUUUGCUUAAUACAUGGAGUGGUAAAAAAUGUGAAAAGUGGGACCCAUCUAGUUCAACAAUUCUUCAGGUUUUAGUUUCUAUUCAAGCACUUGUUCUUAAUGAGAAGCCACUUUUUAACGAACCUGGUUAUCGUGUUUUGAAGCGUUCAAUUUUUGAAACUAAGUCACGUGCUUAUAACGAAGAAGCUUUUAUUCUCACGUGCUAUUCUGCUGUUAAUAUUAUUCGUAAACCGUUGAAGAAUUUUGACGAAUUCGUAAAGGAGCAUUUUCGUGAAAGAGGACAUGUUCUUCUUGCUGCGUGUAAUGAGUACGCGAAUGGGCGCGUGAGGGUUGGAUAUUACGGUUACAACAGCAACGAAAUCGCGUCGCGUUCAUCGACGGUUGUGAUUAAAGUUUCGGAUUCUUUUCGGGAGUCGUUGAAAAAUGCUUAUAGGAAUUUGUAUAAGCAGUUUCUUGAAUGUGGUGCUGAGUUGGAGAAUUUUGUUGAAGAAUUGGAGGUGGAAGUUGGGAAGAAGAAGAAGAGAUCCAACGGUGUGAAUGAUUCGAUCUUGAAGAAAGCUAUGGGGAAGAUUAAACAAGCUUUGGGAUUGAAGAAGAAGAAGAAGGAGAAGAAGAAUAGUACGUAACGUAACACAGUGAAACAGGGUUCUUUUUUUACUUUAGUUAAUUAAUAAUUAAUUAAUUGCAUGCAUGAUCAUGAAUUUAAGUUUUAUUUUUAAUGGAAAAAAUAAAACUUAUGAUUAAUUAAUUAGUGUAAAAUGUGAAUGGACCCAUUCUCUUGUUAGGUUUUUAGUUAUAAGGAAUCUCUUUUUCUUUUUAUGCUUAAAGAAAGAUAUGGUGGGAUUUGUUUCUGGUCUAUGAACUUUGAAAUGUUAAUUUCUAGCUUCAAUUAAUUAAUAAAGUUUAUUUCUUAAUUUUUUCUGUGUCGUGGUUAGUUUUAAUUUUUUUAUAUAUUUUUUUUAUAAUAGGUUAGUUUUAAUUUUUUAGCAAUAUGCUAGUUGUUACUAUAAGGUUCACUUAUGGAAAUUUGAAUAUUGAUAUUUCAAAUGU